UUCGCCACCGAACUAGCAGAACGACUAGCAUCAUGGGCACCCCGAUCAUGGAGCAGAGGAGCGCCAAGCUCAUCAUCUACGACGACGUGGACGAAGACAUCCCGUACCACAUCCUCGACAACAUCCAGGAGAACCGCCGGUUUAUCUGGUGGGCGCUCCUCUUCCUCAACGGCUCGUGCCUCUGGGCGUACUACUCGUGCUUGUCGGCGCAGACGUACUACUCGGCACGCUUUAUCAACUCGACGUUCCAGUUUGAGUACUUGACGACGCCCGUCACGACGUGGCCCAUGUUCGCCGGCACCUUUGUCCAAGUCAUCUUUGGCCUCGACAAGAAGCUCGGUCUCUGGAACCGCGUCCUUAUCGGCUACUCGCUCUUCAUGCUCUGCGCUCUCGCGGUCAUUCUUCAAGACGUCUUUGACGCAGACCCGCAAACCGGCGGAGCGAUCGUCCUCGUCGCCUUUGGCGUCGUCGGCUUCACCAACUCGCUCACCGAGGCGGCCUUCUACGCACUCUCGGCCCUCUUUCCCGAGGCUGCGUUCACGAACGCGAUUCAAUUGGGCAACGGCGCGUCCGGCAUCAUCAACAUUACGUUCAACACGCUCAUCCAGCUCUGCGUCGGUGGCAUCAAGCCCGCGCCGCAAGACACGGCCAACAUCCAGAAGAUCUCGUUCUACAUCUUCUUCAGCGUCUUCAUCGUCGUGUGCUUCCUCGCGGUCUUCACCUUCCACAAGCUGCUGCGGAUUCCAAGCGUCCACUACCUCAUGGAACGCAACGACCUCGAGACUGCCAAGCGCCACGCCAGCCGGGAGACGCUUUUGGAGAUGUGGGGCCGUCUCGGCCGUAUCACGCGCGUCAUCAUGCUGCCGCUCGCAAGUCAGUUUAUCAUUUACGUGUGCUCGCUCACGGCCUUUCCCGGCAUUGGCAUCUCGUCCGGCAACCAGCUCGCAGCACUGCAUGGCGCGUCGUGGGCAUCCUGGUACGUCAACGGCGUCCUCCUCUGCUACAACUACGGUGACUUUUUUGGCCGCGUCCUCUCGCCCAAGCUGUACCCGUACUUUUCGCUCGAGUCGUGCUUUACGUGGACGCUCCUUCGCUGGGUACUCUUUGUCGCGCUGCUCAUGGGCCUCCCGGGCAACGGCGCCAACCCCCUCUUCUGCAUGGGCGACGCGUUCGGGCUCAACGUCUUUUGGCAGCUCUUUAUCAACUUUAUGCUCGGGCUUUCGACCGGUGUCUUGAGUACGAUCACAUUCGGUCUUGGCCCGCGCCUCGUGCCCCAAGACGACCGCGAGUCCGCCGGUGCCAUCAUGUGUCUCGGUCUCUUCCUCGGUAUCUCGACAGGCGCCACGAUCGGCUGGCGCUUUGGCCAAAACCACUGGCUCGGCGCGUAACCUUGGAUGUAGAUUGAUUGAUAUAUGUUCAUGCGCUAAUACCCUCCCACAAACGACUAUCUAUUUAC